GGUUCUCCUUCCUCUGGUAUUAUUUACAAUCGGAGUCCACGAAGACUUUCUGCAAGUCCGUCAGGCUUGCAGAUGCUGAUCCUUUGAUAAGCGUUUGCCGCACUCUACACAGUUUCCUUCUUAACUAGGACUCUGUGUUUCCGAGAACUUGUCUUUUUCCAAUUCAGUAAUGGAAAUGGCGCUCUCAAGCGCUACACAAAGCGCAAUAAUCCUUCCCGCCUUCUUCCUUCCCAUCUUAACUUUUGUCUUCUACACCCGCUUCCUUCGCUCCAAGACGAGCGGACCAUUGCCUCCACCAACCCAGAUAACAAAUCUCUUCGUAUAUCCCAUAAAAUCCUGCCAUGGCAUAUCCGUUCCAUCUGCACGCCUUCUUCCUACCGGACUUGACCUUGAUCGGCAAUGGAUGUGGGUAACCUAUCCCGACUACAAGUUCUUGACAAUCCGCAAUUUAUCGAAAAUGACUCUAAUCCGCCCCUCGUACGACGCCACAACGGACACUCUCAGCAUCACAGCCCCCGCCCCCAACACCAUGGACGAGAAGCUAUAUUUUUUUAUCCCUGCACAUCCCACCUCCGAGUGGCUGGCUGCGAACACGGAAAUAGUGCCAGCGACAGUCUGGAGUACCACUACACCAGCGCAUUGCUACUCGACUGCGCUCACAGGACCGUUUAACAAGUUCUUUGGAAAGGAGGUGAGGCUGGUGUAUAAACCGCCUGUGUCGGAUUCGCCGCGGGCGUUAGUCGGAAAUGGGUCGAGAAAGAUGUUGGGCAGGGAUGCAUCGACGUGCUUUGCGGACCUGAUGCCGUUGCUUGUAGGGAGUGAAAAGAGUAUCACAGAGCUGAAUAAGCGGUUGAAGAUGGCUGAGGAUCUCAAUAUUGAUGUGCGCCGCUUUCGCCCCAAUAUCCUUGUCCAAGGCCAUGAACCCUGGAGCGAAGAUCGUUGGAAGAGCAUCCGCUUGACGCCUUCUGCUGGUGCUUCCGGCUGGAAGUUUGGAUUUGAUUGUUUGAAGCUGGAUGUCGUGGCUAGAUGUGCGAGGUGUCAUGUCCCCAAUGUGGAUCCGGAGACAGCUGAGGAGCAUAAGAGGCAGCCGUGGGAUACGUUGAUGAAAUAUAGGCGCGUAGAUCCUGGCAUCACAUUUAAACCCUGCUUCGGAAUGCUAUGCGUGCCCAGGGGUGGAGGUGGGAAGGUUGAUGUGGGCAUGAAGUUGGAAGUUACGCAAGUGACAGAUAACCAUAGAUACGUGGUGGGGAUGUAGAACGGAC